AUGGCCUCACCGCAGUCAAUUGCGAGGCUAGUUGCUUCUCGCCGGCCUCUCGCCACUGUGCCGUCCUCGGCUGCCCUGCGAGCUAUCGCUGCCGCAAACUUCUCGUCUUCUGCAUAUCGCGCAGCCACUCCUUCGGGGCCUCCUCCUUCGGGUUUCAGACUGCCACCGCCCAAGAAAUGGGACCAGUCCGAUGAGUCGUCGUUAGAUAAGGCGAGCAAAUACUUCCUCAUGUCAGAGCUGUUCCGUGGCAUGUACGUCGUGCUCGAGCAGUUCUUCCGCCCACCUUACACCAUCUUCUAUCCCUUUGAGAAGGGACCUAUCUCCCCACGAUUCCGCGGUGAACAUGCUCUGCGCCGAUACCCGUCUGGCGAAGAACGCUGCAUUGCUUGCAAGCUCUGCGAGGCCAUCUGCCCCGCCCAGGCUAUUACCAUUGAGGCCGAGGAACGUGAAGAUGGCAGCCGACGAACAACCAGAUAUGACAUUGAUAUGACAAAGUGCAUCUACUGUGGAUAUUGCCAGGAGAGCUGCCCAGUUGACGCCAUCGUUGAAUCCCCCAAUGCCGAAUACGCCACAGAGACUCGAGAGGAAUUGUUGUAUAACAAGGAGAAACUACUUGCCAAUGGAGACAAAUGGGAACCCGAGUUGGCUGCCGUCGCUCGUGCUGAUGCUCCCUACCGAUAA